AUGUGGAUAUUUUCUUGGCUUUGUGUUCUUUUAAUUAUUUUGGCUGUGGCUGAUGUGGACACAGUAGGGAAGACCACAGCGUACACCAAAUUUACAAAGAAAUCUGACGGGAAGGAGAUGCUGAAGGGCCAAAAGCCAUCCAAUGGCUUUCCUCUGGAUGAAGAAGAAGCCCUUUUUACAGAAAUGGCUGCUAUGGCAGAGCCCACCACUAGCCCCUCUCUGUCAACCACGGCAGAGCCUACCACGGACCCCUCUGCUCCCGCCACUGCCGGUCUGUUCACUUUUGAAAGCUUCUCUCUGGACACGACUCGUUUCUUUUUAAAUUGCUGCCAUUGCUGCUCUCUUGUCACUGGGGAGAAAGGAGAACCUGGAAAGAUGGGAAAACAAGGUCCUAAAGGGGAGACUGGUGAUGUUGGCAGCCCAGGGCCCCCAGGAAUCACUGGACCCCAAGGUCCCAAAGGCCUGAAAGGAGAGAAGGGACUAAAGGGAGAACGGGGAGACCAAGGAGCAGGUGGCGUUCCAGGAUACCCAGGAAAGCCCGGAGAGCAAGGUGGUUUUGGUCCCAAGGGAGACAAAGGAAACAUUGGCCCGGCAGGAAUUAAAGGACAAAAAGGCUCCAAGGGGGACCUGUGUGGGAAUGGCACCAAAGGAGAGAAAGGGGACCCUGGGGCUACUGGUGCCCAUGGCUUCAUUGGAGAGCCUGGGGCGAAGGGCGAGAAGGGGGAUGCUGGGGAGAAAGGCUAUCAUGGAGAUUAUGGGGAGAGGGGAGAGAGGGGGCAGAAGGGUGAGGCAGGCGUGAAGGGAGAAAAAGGCAGCAGAGGAGAAGCUGGGGCAGAAGGCAAAGGCGGCUCGGAUGGUCUACCUGGACCCAGAGGCGAUCCCGGCCCUAAGGGAGAAAAAGGAGAUGCAGGUCCUCCUGGUUUAACUGGACCCGCCGGGCCAAAGGGUGAGCUGGGGAGCAAAGGGGCUCGAGGACCUACUGGAAAGAAGGGCUCCCGGGGGGUUAAGGGCUCCAAGGGCGAGGCCUCUCAUGUUCCACAGUCGGCUUUUAGUGCCCUGUUGUCCAAGCCUUUUCCUGCCCCAAACAUUCCCAUCAAAUUUGACAAGAUUCUCUCCAAUGACCAAGGCCAUUACAGCCCCAUCACUGGGAAGUUUAACUGCAGUGCUCCGGGGACGUACGUGUUCUCCUAUCACGUCACAGUCAGGGGCCGGCCUGCUCGAAUCAGCCUCGUGGCCCGCAACAAGAAGCAGUUCAAGUCCAGAGAGACGCUCUAUGGUCAGCAAGUAGACCAGGCCUCCCUCCUGCUCAUUCUGAAAUUGAGUGCAGGAGAUCAGGUGUGGCUGGAAGUGUCGAAGGACUGGAACGGGCUGUACGUCGGCCCUGAGGAUGACAGUAUUUUUAGUGGGUUCCUCCUGUACCCGGAAGAAACUCAUGGAAAGUCACCAUAA